AUGGCUUCAAAAUAUCACGACAAUUGGCAAUCUAGUAAGAAAACAGUCUUACAAAGAAACGCAUAUAUGUUUGAUAACGAAUUAAUGAGCGAUGUAUCUUUUACUUGCGGGGAAUCGAGUCGCAUAUUUCGUGCUCAUAAAUACAUGCUUGCCACGAGCAGUACUGUGUUUUACGCCAUGUUUUAUGGCGAUUUAGCUCACAAAGAAUUUCCCAUUUGCAUCCCAGACGCGGAAAAAGAAAGCUUCAAAGAGUUUCUGCGUUUUCUGUACACUGACGAUUGUGAAAUUACCAAUGCAGAGAAAGCGAUAGGAGUUCUGUAUUUGGCUAACAAGUAUCUCAUUUCGUCUUUGGCAGAGAAGUGUUGCAAGGUUCUAAAGACAAGCAUUAAACCUGACAACGUUUUCGUGGUGUUGGAGCAAGCAGUUAAACUAUUUGAUAUGAAAAACGAGCUAGAAGCAAAAUGCUGGGAUAUUAUUUCGAAGAAAACUCGGGAAUGCAUCAACUCGGCAGCAUUCUGUAAUAUCGCAUCAGACACACUGAAUUCGUUGUUAAAGAAAGAGACGUUGGCAAUCACAGAAGUGGAAUUGUUCAAGGGAGUAUUGAGAUGGAUAGACAGUGAAUGUACGAGACAGGGUAUAAAUAUCGAAGAAGACCAAACGGCAAGAAGACAGGUUCUAGGGGAUAGUGUGUAUGAAAUUCGUUUCCUUGAAAUAUCACAGGAAAACUUUGAAAAUUUUGUAUUUUCUACUGGAAUACUUACAGCCACAGAGAUCACCUGUAUUCGUGAAAAGCUUGACGGUGAAGAUGUGGCCGAUUUGAAAUGGAAAGAGCAUGAAAAAUGGCGGUUUACGGUUAUUUUCAGCCGAUUUGACCCUGCUAAUGUUGAUGACGAGUUUUGGAAAAAGGAUUACAAUGGAACCGAUUCCGACGCCGUUGCUUUUACUGUCAAUAAAGCUGCUUUCUUUCAUGGUGUUCGCUUGUUUGGUUUCUGUGGUAGUCAAUAUGAAGUAAACUUUACGAUUAAAGACAAAGAUCGAGAUGUAAAAGGGUGCUACAUUUCAGAGGAAGACAGUGACGGCGUGUCGGGUUACGAUGUCAUGUUACCGAAACCAAUUCCUCUACUGCCAAAUGAAGAGAUCACAAUAAUUGCGACAAUAAGAGGACCAGAAUCUCUGAGAGGUUGGAAUGGGAGUACUUCAGUGACAGUCGACGACACUGUCAUAACUUUUAAAGACGCGCCUUCUGGUUUAAGUCGAAAUGGUACAACGAAAUCUCAAGGUCAAUUUUACAGCAUUUUUCUUUCUGAACUGUACACAUACAGUAACAUAACGAACUAGGGUUUAAUUAAUGCACGGUAUUGUAUCAUGCGUGCCAUAUAUUGUAUACCCUGGGUUCCAGAGGUUUAAAAUAAACCUCUGGUUGAAAGCAGCAAUUGAUUCAUCGAG